AUGUCGGUCAUCACGCCAAACAACGAAAACGACGACAUCCGGUUCACAUUUGAAGCGCGUCCCGUGAACAAAAAUAUUGUCUUGACGCCAAUGACCAACAACAACCAAUAUUUCGACAGUCCAGACACCAAGGCCACCUCUCCACUAAAGAUUGGCCGCAAGAGUACAGCGCCACUGCUUGAAAGCGAGGCUUCCGGUACCCCUAGGGACAGACAAGAUUUUAACUAUCUUUUGGAACAGUUAUCGCCGAUGCCGGGCACCUGGGUGGACGAGGACGACCAGAAAGAGCCGGAUUUUAAUGAAUACGUGGGGUCUGCUGGUAGUUCGCCCCAAAGCGUGAAAGAUGUUUUCAUGAGCCCGUUCCAGGGAGAGCUGGAUGGACAGGGCCAGGUUUCGAGUCCUGUACCCCACGCUCCUGAGUCCAAGGAUAGCGACCGGCUGAGUGCGUUUGGCAAGGUGCCGAUUUUGGGCAAUAUUCUUACAGAGUCGCUGGGAAUCACGCACGAAUCCGGGGCCGACGAGCAGUAUGACCAAACCUCCAACACCAUUCAAACAAACGAAUUCCUCAACAAUACGAUGGACGUGUCCAACAACAGCACGAGCAUGUCGCACAGCGAGGACGACUCAUCUGUGUCCGAGAGUAAUUUUAUUGAUCUUGACAAAGAAGGGUACACGUCGCCGGUGGUUGACCAGGACAAGACGCCGGUGGUGUCAUCGGGUGGGUUUGCUGAGGGAGACAAGACGCCCAAUAACGAGGACGCUAAGCGGUUCACGAAUCCUCUGUCCUCUUCUGACGUCAGACUUUCAAGUUUCCGCAAAGCUGGCUCUCCACUGGUGGAGACUCCGAUUUUGGAGGAGGAAGAGGAAGAUGGCGAUCAUGAGGCCUCCGUUCCUACGCAGCGCCCCGAGCGGUCGCCGCAGGUACCGCUGCGCCACGCAAAAUACUCAGAAAUACCCAAACACCAGAGCUACUCGUCGAGCAUCUAUUCUGAGGUGCCAGAGUCGAAUGUUGCGCCGGCCGCAAAACCUCUGGCGGUAAUUCCCGAGUUUUCAGCCGAGCCUGUGCUUCCCGAGAGAUCGUCUUUGCGCACAACUUCACAGCUGGCUGAACCAGAAGGAUCUGCUAUUCCUUCGGUGCCGUUUGCAAAAAAGGUCGCCGUUCCCCGUGAGAGCACGUCGUCGAGCCUGUACGAGCCGACACGCGCGCCGCCGGCACCCCCUGUCGAGGAACAGUCCGACAAGGUGGUGCGACGGCCCGAAUUCUCGUCAACACCUAAGAAAACGCGCGUCUCGGUGAGACAGCAGUCGCUGUACCAGGAUACAUACAGCAAGAAAUCGGUCGUCUCAAGCAACAGGGACUUUACGAAUCUCGAGUCGUCGCAACAGCUGCACGAGCUCAGCACGGACGCCAGCUCAGUAGCAGACGAGGACGCAGACGAGGACGACGCAUCCGCGCUGUUUGUGACGGCAUUAUACCCGUUCGACGCAAGCACGCUCGAGUCGAAAAACGACGCGUCGAUCUGUCUCUCGUUCAACGAAAACGACAUUGCCUUCACGUACUCGCUCGACGAUUCUGGCUGGGGCGAGGUGACGCUGCUCAACACGCUGAAACGCGGCUGGGUGCCAAUGAAUUAUUUCCGAGCCACUCUGUCGGAAGACCUCGAGGACGAGCCGCAUCUGAGCGAGUAUGCCAGACUGGCUGCAUCGCGCCGACCGCUGCGCAAACUAUUCCGCCACGCCGGAAUGUUUCUGCUCAACCCGCAGAACAAGAUGCUCUACAUCAAGAGCGAGUUCAAGGGAUAUACUUUUGACAUCCGCUACAUCAACGGCAUCACGCAGGGCGUGAGAACGCUGCUCAAAGAGACAGACUGCAUUUCGCGGACGAGCGACAUUGUGCAACGCAAGCCGAUCGUGCGCAGGCUGCGCAAGAAACUGCUGCGCGAUUGGUCGGACCUGAUCUACAAGGCCAAAGACUUCCUCAAUACCAUGGACGUGAAAAAAAUCGAGUAUCUCCAGCUGCUCGCGUACCAGGUGCUGCAGAAGGCCAUCACGUUUUUGGAUGUGUGGGGGCUUGAAAGCGACGAUCUCGUCAAUAGAGACAAGCAGCUCAUCACCUCUUCGCAGCUCGUGCCCGUGCGCUACCUGUCUGCACCGCCACGCGCUGCGCCACGUAUGAACGAGCUGUACAACCAUCUGAUGGGCUACUUUGCGCUCAUUUCAGGACGGUUGGAUCUUGUGGAGUACCAGGUCAAGGGCGGCCAACUGUUGGAGAACAUUGUCAGCCAGAUCAACCUGCAGGUCCGCGAGCUGCAAUUCAUCGGCUCGCUUAUAAAAACCGUCGUCCCUCCUGGCUUCAAGCUGCCCGCUGUUGCGCGUUCAAAUCUUUCGACUGUCGACCAGCUCAAGCUACUGGAAACCAACAGCACAGAGCUGACCGUCGCUCUUGAAAAGUUCAACCACAACGUGCGUGUUCUGGUGGACGUGGCUUACAACCGGACGAAAAACUCUCCGAUGCUGACGCGCUCGGGCACUGCCUCGUCGCGCAGCGCCCUACCAACGAAGGACAUGUACUUCUACUCGAGAGAAGGCGGAGCUGUGAUCAAUACCGCGUGCCGUCUCGUUUAUCUGGUGAGCACGUCAUACAAGAUUCUCAAGACGUUCUUGGCAGCUACGAAGGAUUUCGAGCUGCCAAACACUCGCGAGUAUCCAGAUUUCCUCGAGAUGAACGUGUCGCCAAAAUCCUUCAUCAAAAUCUGCUCCACAGGGCUCAUUUCUGACAAGGAGAUCACCAGACAGCUGAAACAGCACAAAACUUCCCGGAGCGACAAGCGGGCAUCGAAACGAUUCUCAAUGUUUCGUGCGGGCGACGCCGCAGACAUGGAGCUCACGGCAGACGGGCUGGACUUUCUAGCGGAGGUGACUCCCGGCGACAGCACGCCGUUUAUUCAGAACGACGGCACGUUCGACCAGCUGCUGGACGAGCCGACCAGCGACGUGAGCUACGAGGACGAGGUGCUCCGCGGGCCGGACAAAGAGAUCUUGGGCGCGUCGUUCCGUGCACUCGUUUGUCUGCUGACCGACGAGAACAAUCCGCCCGAGUACUUUUUCGUGUCGACGUUUUUCCUCACGUUCCGGAUUUUCUCGCACGGCGCGGUGCUUCUGGAAGAGCUUGUCGCGCGUUUCGACGUGAACAACAGGAUUAUCGAAAACGACAAGAAGAAUGGCACCGGCAGCCUUCACAUGCAUUCGUCACUCGAGUCCAAGAUGAAGCAUCGACGCCAGCUCGUGUGCAAGACGUUUAUGCUGUGGCUGGAGAGCUACUGGAAGGCUAGGACAGACUAUAACCUGCUGCCACCAUUGCUGAACUUCUUCAACGAGGCCGUCAAGGAGUACCUGCCGUUGGAGGCGCACCGGUUGAUCGAGACAGCAUCGAAGCUGAUUGGCAUGCCGCCUGUAGAGACCAUCAAGGACAGACUCAACUACUAUAACAACAUCGACAACGAUUCGCAACUGGUGCCACGGAAAAUCUCGCCUAAGCAGCAGCACAAACACAUCUCGCGACACAUCUCUAACUUCUCGUUCUCAGACCCUGCAGGCAUCAUGAACGAUCUCGACACGUACAACUCGCUGCUGGACGACCUCGACACUUACGAUUUGGAGAGAACGGCCACCAAAGGCAGUCGCCAGUCGAUCAACCUCGGCUUGGCGAUCGACCUCAAGAAUACCGACUCCAACGUGGUGCUGCUGAGCGACAAGCAGCUCGAGUCGAUCCAGAAAGUGAUUUUGUCGUACAGAAACAUGCUGCGCGAGCACUGGCAGCGCGAGAACAUGCGGCUCGACAAGUUCGUGCCCUUGGACACGCAGACGCUGCUUGACUCGUGGUGGAAAACUGCCCAGGAGAGCUGGAAGAUCCUCAACCAGGACCUGGCCCUGCUCAACUUCAACGGGCUCGAGAUCGCCAAACAGCUGACCCUUAUUGAGUCCAAGAUGUUCUGCUCCAUCAAGGCCGAGGAGCUGCUCAACCAGAACUUCACGUCCAAAAAACUGCACCUCAACCUCUCGCCAAACAUCCAGCGCUCGGUGCUCUUCACCAACCUGCUGAGCGAUUACGUCAUCGAGAGCAUCCUGCAACCGAAACUCACCAUGAAACAGCGCGUGCACGCGGUCAAGUGCUGGCUCAAGAUUGCGAUUUCGUGCCUAUACCUGCGGAACUUCAACUCACUCGCGUCGAUCAUGACGUCGCUGCAGAGCUUCCUGGUCACGCGGAUUACGCGGAUCUGGGACGGUCUCUCCGACAAGUACAAGGAGCUGUUCCAAUAUUUGGCGUCCAUCAUCCAUCCCGACAAGAACUACCACGUGUACCGCGGCAAAAUCCGGGACUUCUUGCUGUCCAAUCUAGAAGAAAACCUCGACAUUCCCACGGUGCCGUAUCUUUCGCUGUUUUUGCAGGACCUGACGUUUAUCGUGGACGGCAAUCCAAACUACAGAGACAACACGAAAUCGUUCCUGAACCAAAAGUUGAUCAAUGUCGACAAGUACACUAAAAUCACCAAAAUCAUUCUUGAUCUGCAAACGCUGCAAAUACCUUACAAAGACACAGGCGAGCUGGGCAAGGUGUACAACAAAGACCAGAAGAUCGAUCUGAUCAGAAGUGCCACCAUCAGAAAUUUGCGGCUGCAGUUGCAGGACGAGUCGCAGAGUUUCGACGAUAUGUUUGACAUUGCCGGCGUGCCGUGCUUGCAGGAGCUGAUUUUGCUUGAGAUCUGGAAAGUGAAGCAGAUCAACAUGAAAGAAGACGACCGCAGCUGGAAGCUGAGCUGCGAGAUCCAGCCGAGAGACGAGUAGCCUUACCGAGCUUUAUACAUUCUAUUUCUUGCCUCUAUUUAAUUCAGUUUUUUUUGCUCACCAAUGUAAUUAAUAGCAGAGCCAGCUUUGAAAAAUUCCACCUGGUCCUCACUCAUGGUGUGUUUGCAGUCGAUCACAAACUCCUCUCCAUUGCGUUUUGUAACCUUGACCUUCAGAAUGCCGCCGUUGUUGCCGCCUUUGGCGACCAGCUCAGGCAGGCCGACGGUGGUGAGCAGGUCGGUCGAGCUGAUUUUGUCGUAGUCGUUUUCGUCCGCAAACGUCAACGGCAGCAUUCCCUGUUUUUUGAGGUUGGUCUCGUGAAUUCUCGCAAAAGACUUGACCAAAAUGAUCUUUCCUCCAAGGAAUCGUGGAGAUAGCGCAGCGUGCUCUCGGGCUGACCCUUCUCCAUAGUUGUGCUCUGCAACCACACACCAAGGAACGUUCUCGGCCUUCCAUUUCAUCAUGAGCUCCGGAAUGCCAAACGGCUUGCCGUCGAAAUCGUACGCAACGUUCACCUCGCCGGUUUCCUUGUUCUGCGCGCCAAUCAGAGUGUUGUACGAGAUAUUUUCCAAAUGGCCCUUGUACUUGAGCCACACACCAGCGGCUGAGAUGUGAUCUGUAGUGCACUUGCCUUCAACCUUGAUCAGCACCCUGGUCUGCAGCUCCUUGCCGUCCCAUGGCUCAAACGGUUCCAGCAGCUGCAGUCUAUCGGAUUCGGGCGAAACGUUGACCGUCACUUCUGGCUUGGGCUUGGGCUCCAAAGGAGGAUAGAACUCCUUUCUUCCCGCGACAAAUCCCUCGGAAGGGAGUUCUUCUCCGUGAGGAGGAGCAAACUUGAACGUCUCGCCGUUCUCGAGCUUAAUGCUGUCCUUCAUAGGGUUGAAGUUCAUGUCUCCAGAGUAAAUCAUGGCUGUGACAAUAUCCGGUGACGUGAGAAAAUUCAUGGUGUUUCUGUUGCCAUCGUUUCUCGCACGGAAGUUUCUGUUGAAUGACGUGAAAAUCACAUUGGUAUCCUUCGGAGCAGCCUCUCCUCUGUCCCAUUGGCCAAUACAAGGACCGCACGCGUUGGCCAGCACUAUUGCGCCGUUCUCCUCGAACGUGCUGAUUAAACCGUCUCUCUCGAUAGUAGCACGGAUCUGCUCGGAUCCUGGGGUCACAAAGAAGGGAAUCUUAGGUUUUAAGCCCACCUUGGCCGCCUGUCUGAUGAUCGAAGCAGCACGCGACAUGUCUUGGUACGAUGAGUUUGUGCACGAGCCAAUCAAACCGGCGGUAAUGGUUUCUGGCCACUCAUUCUCCUUGGUGGUUUCCUUGAGCUUGGAGAUCGGCGUGGACAAAUCUGGAGUGAACGGCCCGUUCACGCUGGGUUCCAGCGUGCUGAGGUCGAUCUCGAUUAUUUGGUCAUACUCACAGCCUGGAUCAGCAGUCAUGUACUGGUAGUUCUGGUUCACAGACUUGGCUAAGUCUGCAAUUGGGCCCCUGUUCGUGGCAUACAGGUAUCUGACAUGGGCCUCCUGCAUUGGGAAGGUCGACGUCGUGGCUCCGAUCUCAGCACCCAUGUUACAAAUGGUGGCCAUACCGGUACAGCUCAAGCUUUCGACUCCUUCGCCAAAAUAUUCAACAAUAUAGCCAGUUCCUCCCCUGACGGUCAAUAUGCCAGCCAAAUGGGUGAUAACGUCCUUUGGAGAGGUCCAGCCGUUCAUCCGUCCCGUCAGCUUAACACCCAGCACCUUUGGGGCCUUGAGUUCCCAUGGAGUUCCAGUCAGAGCGUCCACGGCAUCGGCUCCUCCAACACCGAUGGCAAUGGCUCCCAGACCACCAGCAUUAGGAGUGUGCGAGUCGGUUCCAAGCAUCAUCAGACCGGGAACAGAAAAGUUCUCCAGCACGAUCUGGUGGAUGAUGCCCGAUCCUGGCCCCCAGAACUGGAUCCCGUAUUUUUCACCACAGCUCUGCAAGAAGUCGAAAACUUCCUGGUUGGUAGCUAUGGCAGACUUGAGGUCAACGUCGGCUCCCUCCUUGCCCACAAUCAGGUGGUCGCAGUGGAUGGAUGCAGGAACGGCAGUGGAGGUCAUUCCACAGGUCAUGAACUGCAAAAGCGCCAUCUGAGCAGAAGCGUCCUGCAUGGCGACUCUAUCAGGGUUCAGCUUUAGGUACUUGUUUCCACGGAUGUCUCUGGACGAAGUCGAUCCAGAAAGUUCUUCUGGCUCGACCAGGUGCGCGUACAGGAUUUUUUCUGCUAAGGUGAGCGGCUGGUUGUUCAAAAUAUGUUUGACCUUGAAUAGUUUGUUGAUCAAUUUUUCGUAUGGGGGAGUUCUAGACUCGAAUCCGGCUGGAGCCUUGAUCUGGCCCAACGUGGUUGCCAGAUGACGGCUCAGCUUUCUACUAUGGCGAACGCUGGCUCUCGAAACUAACAUGAUGGGGCCAAACGUCCUAGUUCCUGAUCCAAUAAUAAAUUG